AUGGCCUCCAGCUCUGACCUAACCCUAGCCUUUAUCGGCUGCGGCAAUAUGGGCUCCGCAAUCCUCAGUGGUAUUCUUGACGCCUCUAAAGUCGUAUCAAGUCCAUUUUCGCGCAUAUUAGCCUGCACAAAAACCCAGUCCUCUGCCGAAAAACUGGACGCCCGGUUCAGAGACCACGGCUCCCCACUAACUGCUAGCUUUUUUGCAGACAAGAACACUGCCGCUGCGGAAGAGGCAGACGUCAUCAUUUUGGGAUGCAAGCCGUACCUCGUCGAUGCAAUGUUAGCAGAGGAGGAGCUUGCGGAUGCACUAGCUGGAAAGUUAGUGAUCAGUAUUAUUGCAGGCAAGACGAUCGAUGUUCUGUCUGAGGGGAUAAGCCAGAACCAGACAGAAAAUUCCCCGUCUAAAAAGGCUGUUAUCGUCCGCGCAAUUCCAAAUGUUGCUGCUAGCGUGCGCGAAUCCAUGACGGUGAUCGAACUGCCUACUCCAUCUCCAUCCAACGACCAAAAAGACCUCAUCACCUGGAUCUUCUCACAGAUUGGACAAACUUCAUUUCUUAGCUCUGACCUUUUCGACUGCGGUACUAUGCUCAUGGCCUCGAUCGCGACGGUCUCUGUUGCCGUCGACGGGAUCUUAGACGGGUGUGUGGCGGAGGGGAUGAAGAGAGCGGACGCGUCCGAGAUGACGGCGCAGUGUCUCUUGGGUCUGGCAAAGCUCUUAAGAGAAGGAUACCAUCCGGCUGUACUAAGGGAGAGUAUUUCGUCGCCGCGGGGCUGUACAAUUCAGGGACUUUUGGCUGUGGAGAGGGGUGGUGUGAGGACGGGGACUGUGCAAGAACCAAGGGCACGCCAUAAAAUGCUGGAUUUGGGGAUAGGCAAAACAAGAGGGUUUACAGUCCGAGGCGGGCGUAUCAAAAAGAGAGGGGCCGUGAUUGAUCCGUCAUGA